AUGUCUAACUCUGGUCAAGUCCUCUCUGGCCUCGAAGGCACACAAAUUACGAUGAACUCUCCGCCCCAACCCCCGAUUAACUCCAUGCCUGAGACCUGGGAGAUAGUCGAAAAGAUUGAAGAGGAUACCGUGACCCAGUCCGAGCAAAAUUUCAUUGAUGGCCGGGGUCCUGCAUACGUUGCUGGAAAGUUUUUGUGUCGCCCCUCCGGUGCACAAGGGACCCUCGCUUUCUUGCGUAUCUAUCAGCAGAUACCCUGGCUUGGGACAGAAUUGCGAAAGGCUUCAGUCCGAGCUGCCCAGGCUACCGGGCCUUUCGAGCCCCCAGAGCUCCAAGCCCUGAAGCACUUCAAGCAGCAAGGCUGUAACGUUGUUCCCGAGCUUCUUGGAUAUCAGUUUGAGAAGCAGGAUAAGGAAGAUAUCGUACCGGGCGGAUUUGUCACAUAUGUGAUAUGGAAGAAGGUGCCUGGCGAGCCCUUAGAUUUUACCCGGUUCUGGAAUUGCACUUUCUCGGAGCGGCAAAACAUUCGCGUCAAGUUCCGACAGAUUUACGAGAUGCUUUUGCCGUUUGACUACCAAGUCUGGGUACCCAGUUCCACUAAAAUCAUAUACGAAUGGUCUACCGGAGAGAUGCAUAUAUCCGGCUUCAAAGAUGCGACCAACCGCUUUCUUGAUAAGGUUUGGAGCGACACUCACUAUGCCCUGCACGGUCUUGUUUUAGUGGGUCCGUCUAUCAAGUCGUAUUUCCCCAUUGAGAGCAUCGACUUGUACCGAGAUGAGAAUGGCUGGGAAUGGUAG